UGGCGGAAAGUUUGACGUUUUUGACCAACUUGUACGACUAUCAUAAUAUCAUCGAUCUGGUGUUCACCUCUAGAAAAAGAUGAAAUUUUUAGUAUCUUUAUGGAGGGCUUUUUCUUUGUUCUUGCCUCUUUGACCACGAUCCCAAAAGACAAGAGAUCAUUGUCCAAAAACUCAGCGAUGCGUUAGCGGCCUCAAAUGCCACCUUUCUUAGCUUUGGACGGGACACGUGAGAACAUGUCCGUAGAUGACCACAUAGCCGUCAGUCACAUUGAUACCUACAGCAAUCCUGUGGAAUAAUUGUUUAUCUCACCUUCUCGUCACCGUUUGUAGAGGAAUGGUCAUUAAGAUGGCACGGAAAUAUGCCGACAAGGAUUUCGAUGCGCAGUUCGAUGCUUUUAUGAAAGAGUCCCUGUCAUCCGAGGACUCUAUAAACUCAGCUCAUUUAGCCAAGCUGUUGCAGCCUUCUAAACCAAGGGAAGGCAAACCUUGGUGGUUAGAGGAUGAUGAGAGCCUGGAUGAUGGCAAAUUUGGAGAGGGUCUGAGCUCUGGGAAAAGUUUCCUAAAGAAGAAGAGUGAACCUAAGCAUAGCACUCCAGUGUAUGAAUCAGAGGAUGGACAAACAGAAGGGCGCACACAGUCCAUGAUUGAUCCCAUCAAGAAAAAGGCGGCUGAAAAACAGAAAGCAAGGACAAAAAUUUCAACAGCGAAAAUUCGUGGAUCCAAGGCGAGUUCAAUGAGUAAAGACAGCCUGGAUGACAUUUCAGAGAAAUCAGAAGAAACCGAUGGACAGAAGGCAAAUGCUGGAAAACAUAGUCCAAGGGUUAUGGUUGAGACACAGAAAAAGGAAGAUGUAGUAGCCAGUAAACGCCUGAGUUCGCUGAAACCUGGGGCAGACACUCUGGAAGAAUUAAGGGAUAAGGAAAUGUUCUUCAAGAACCUUGAGAACGAUGGUGAGUCGCUGGACUAUGGUAAACUGAACCGAGAGCUGAGUCAAACAGCCAGUGGUUUUGGCUAUACCCCAGAGGUUAACCAUCAGCCGGCUGUUGAGACUACUGAGGGACCACAGCCUGAGAAUGCACCAAAGAAACCCAGCAUGCUGUCUAAUGUGGCCCUGAUGGAUUCCCUGGAGUCUACGCUGAAUACAUCAACAUCACCAGGUAGAAAGGGAGAUAAGCCAGACGCAGAAGGCCUCGCCCACACAUUACAAGACACCCUCAAAACUGUGGGCACAGGUUUACUGGGUACUAACACCAGUCAGGAGAUAUUGGCGUUACAAGAGGCCUACAGAGGGGUGCAUCUCUCACCCACUAUCAAGGGAGACGAUACUGGCACUGGGCUGGGGCAAGAUGACUCUGGUCGAGUGCCCAGUGAUAUUGGCCCUGAUGAAAUAAGACCUGACUAUAUGGGCACGAGAGAUACAGGGCAAGAUGACACUGGACAUCAGCCAGGCCUGGAUGAGCCUGAUAGCAUCAGACAUAGACAUGAGGACGACUCAGUUAAUCAGCCUAAAGACCGUACCAUGGAAGAGAUCAUGAGGGAGAUGAGAGAGAUACAAUCACGAGGUGAACAAGAGGAACAGUCAGAGGUGGCUGUAGACAGACGCAGACAGCAGACAGAUAUUUCUCCAUUUGAAGAUCAAGGAAAAGUUACUGACAAGGGGCCAAGAAGACAGACCAAAGUCAAACCAGCUGUUUCAUUUCAAACUAAACCUAAUCGAAGAUCCUGGUCUCCAGACAGUUCCUCUCCAAACAGAGGGAAAAAAUCUUCCAAAACGAAGCUAGCCACUGUGAAAAGCUCAGGUUAUGGACAGAGGAGUCAGAAACCAUUACGAAGGGACCGUGAGCCAGGAACCAGGAGUGCUGAGGUCAGCCCUGAGCGGGUCAUCAGCUCUAAACCCCCCUCCCCCAAGAAAACCCCACCUAGCAAACAGUCGUGGUCACCAGCACAUGUGGCCCACCAAAAGGUCAAAGGCACACAGUCAUCUAAGACAGCAUUCCAGCCAUUACCUCAAGAUGGAGCCAAGGAAUCCCAACUCAUGGCCUCAGUGGAAUCGUUUGUUCAAUAUAUCAGGGAUCAGUUCUCAGGGACAGAGCCAGAGAAAGUACCACUGCUUCAGGCAGCAAAUGCUCUGUCUGAGAACCUUGCUGGUAACCGUGGCGCAGUGCUGGAGAGAGAGAAGGUGCUGAUGACUGAGCUGAAGCUGAGAGAGAAACAGUGGAGGUUAGAGCAAGAGGAACAGCAGAGAAAGACAGCUGUGUUAGAGAACCAGGAGCGAGAGCUGAGCAGGAAGCUAGAGGCUGUCAGGUUGGAAUACGAAGAACAAAUAUUCAAACUUAAACAGGAGAAUUUUGUUUUAUCAGCUAAGGUAGCUGAGUCCGAAUCAGAGGGGGAUUUAAAGAAGAGAGUAACUAAUGGAGGCUCUCUAGAAGGGAUGACAAAGGAGCAAGUGCUAAUGCUGGAGAAGGAAAUCAAAGAACAGGAACAGUUAAUGGCUGGGUAUCAGACUGAAAACCAGCGGUUAUACAAUGAACUGAAGACUGUUCAGAAGCACAACAAACAAACAGAGGAGAGGCUGUUCAGAGAAAACCAGAAACUGAUCAGAGAUCUGGAAUCACUCCGGAGUCAGUUAGAGAGGAAGGAUGAAGAAUUACGAAACAAAGGGGUGAUCACUGGUUUGACUGUGCAGCAGCAUAUUGCAGCAGGAAAUACAGUAGUUAGCUCCCCUGAUGCUGCCAGGAUUACUUCCCUUGAAGCAGAUCUGCAGGAGUCAAAGAAAGCUGAGAAUGCUGCUAAGAUAGAGGUUGAGCGGCUUGCCAAAAAGUUAAAAUGGUAUGCUGAGAAUCAGGAGUUGUUGGACAAAGAUGUCAUUUGCCUGAAACAGAAGGAAGAGGAGAUAGGCAGACUGAAGACCAGGAUAGAGCAGUUACAGUCAGAGGCUGGUCGCAAGGUUGAGGAGAGUAAGAUACGAGCGAGAGAGCGAGCUGCUGAUGGGAAGAAAAUCCAGGACCUAGAGAGACAGGUGAAGGAGAUGGAGCAGAUCCUGCGUCGUCGUCACCCCAACUCCAUCCCGACACUAAUGAUGGCAGCUUGUGCAGCUGACUUGGCAAGCCAGCCCUCUGUCAAACCACCAUCUGUCCAGGCGCUGGAGACGCGGCUUCACAAGCUGGAGUCCGAGCUAGAAAACAAGGAUGAAGAGUGUAAUAAACUCCUCAGGGCCAUGGAACAAAAGUUUAAUGUUCUGAAGUUGCAGUAUGAGGAGAGGAUAGCAGAGUUAGAGAAGCUGCCCAUGGAGCGAGUACCUGGGGAAGGUCACCCCCAUACUAGCGUCUCUGCCCUAGAAAAAGAGCUAGAGGCAGUUAGGGAGAGGUACAGAAAGCAAAUUGUGGAAAUGAGCUCAGAAAUCAACCGACUCAAUGAUAACCUCAAACAUAAGUCACUGGAUGACAACUCCCUUAGGAAUGAGCUCAAGAUGUUUCAAGAUAGAGAAAAGGAAUUCAGCAACAAAGUGAAAGCCUUACAACAGGAACUGGAAUUGAGAGACAAAACCUCACUCCCAACUAAGGAGAGUGGUAGUAAAGGGAGACAAGGAGCAUCGGUUAAUGGUGUCACUCAAGUAAAGACUGUUGAUAGGGGUAAAAGUGUGGGUAAGAAGGCUGGUGGUGGAUCGAGGGAUGAUACUAGACCCCUGUCUCCCUAUCGUGAGGGUGUGGUGUCAGAGCGUCAAUAUGAGCCACAGGCAUUUACCGGUGCUCACGUAUCAGAUCUACAGGAGGAGAAUGAGAGGCUGAGGACAGAGGUUGAUCGACUCCAGCUAGAGUUACAUCAGCAAAGGGUGGACCUGCGGAAGUCCCUGGCUGAGACAGAGGGGGUGAUGCGAAGGAGUCGUGAUGAGUACGAGGAACAGAUUGAGACACUGAGAGCGUCACAUCAGAAGGAUUUACAGCGAGUGUUGACAGACCAGGCACUUCAGCAUUCAGGCUCCAAAAUGGCAGAGUUACAGAACAAAGUGGACACUCAGGAGGUAAUGGUGUCUCACCUGAGAACACAGUUGGCACAGGCUCAGGUGUGCAGUGAACAGGUGUCAGUACUGAAGAUCAGAGAGACAGCCUUAGAGACCCAGGUGAAGCAGUUGACAGAGGAGGUGCGAGAAGCUAAGCAAAACCACACUCCGGAGAUGCAACAUUUUGAGAGCCUGAGGGAGAAGAUCAGUCAGAUGGAACGGCGUCAUGAGCAGAGAGAACAGGAAUUACAGACGCUUUUGCGUCACUCGCAACAGGCGGCGCACGUGGAACUGGCACAGGAGAGGGAGAAAUGGCAGAAAAUGCUGGAUGCUAAAAAUCAAGAAGUCAGACGAUUUCAGACUGAACUAGACUCUAUUCUUGAAGUUUUACGAGAACUGAAACGUCAGGGUGUGGUGCUGUCAGCGUCUGGCCUACGGUCAUAGCAUCAGCAAAAAUUCUUGUCACAUCUCAUUUCAUAACACCUGAAUCUCUGUGAUGUCAUUAAACCUGGAUUAGUCUCCCAGGGUGUGGUGCUGUCAGCAUCUGGCCUAUGGUCGUAGCAUCAGCAAAAAGUCACAUCUCAUGUCAUUACACCUGGAUUAGUCUCCCAGGGUGUGGUGCUGUCAGCGUCUGGGCUACAGUGUCAGCAUCAGUGAUGGUACAGUUGCCAAGUAUUAUUUCAUUAAACUUGAAUAUCUGGGAUGUCACUACACUUAGCUGUGUCUGAUGUCAUUACACCUGAAUAUCUGGGAUGUCACUACACCUCUUUGGUGUCAUUAUACCUGGAUCUGUCUGAUGUUUUACACCUGGAUAUGUGUGGUGUCAUUACACCUGGAUCUGUCUGUUGUCAUUACAUUUGGAUCUCUCUGAUGUUGUUACACCUGGAUAUAUGUGGUGUCAGUACAAAUAGAUCUGUCUGUUGUCAUUACAUUUGGAUCUCUCUGAUGUUGUUACACCUGGAUAUAUGUCGUGUCAUUACACCUGGAUCUCUGAUGUCAUUACACUUGGAUCUGUAAUAUCUCAUUACAUCUGGAUCUCUCUGAUGUCAUUACACCUGGAUUUCUCUGAUGUCAUACCUGGAUCUGUAAAAUCUCAUUACACCUAGGUCUGUAAAAUCUCAUUACACCUAGGUCUGUAAAAUCUCAUUACACCUAGAUCUGUAAAAUCUCAUUACACCUGAUCUUCCAUUUUAAAUUAUAUCUAAACCAUAUACAUGAAGACAUUGCCUGUUAUCAUAUUAUGAGUUUCAGAUAUAUCACUAUUGUAUGAGAUACAUAUAUUGUACACAUUAUUUUAAUUAGUGCUAGUGUACAUAUAUAUUACUUUUUGUGGAUUGUUUGUAGAUCGAAUGGUACCUGUUGAACACAUUACCUCAUCAUUAGUGGCACAUUAAGUGUAGCUCUGCCAAGGAGUUAUUUUGUUUUUUUUUUUCAGUUAGGAUAAAGAUCUGAUUUUAUGUUGUCCAGUUAAGUUGUGAGUUAAGAGAAGUUUUAAUACCCAAAUCAUAAGUAUCAAUCCACGGCUGGCUUAAAUCUGAUCUGUUGUGAUUUUGCUGUUUUGUAUUUCAGUUUGCUGAUCACAAUAUUUUACCAUUUUUCUCAGACAAGUCAGAGUGUCUUUUUGUCCAGGCUGCCAGAACUUACACAUAUAUUCCAGAUUGAUGGAUGAAGUGAUGUAGGUAGUAUUAGCAUUAUUUGGGCUUUAGACUUUCUGUGUAUAACACAGAUUCCAUAGCUAGUCACCAUAAAACCAGUCAGUCAGCUGCCUCCUAUUAUUUGGAAGAGCUCUCUUGGUUAAAUGGUCCAGAUGAUUGGCAUGGAAUUGCUGGCUAUUAUGUGUCUGAUUCUGAGGUCACUGGUUCAAAACCUGGAGUAGUGUUUGCCAGCUUUCAGCGCUGAAAUCAGUGCUGCUUGCAGAAUGUGUAAUAUUAAAGAUAAUACAAUUACAAGCACAUUAUGUGUGUGAGGUUCAGGGAUUAUUAGUCCCUUACAGCUGGACCAGUACCUGUAGGUUUACCGCUUGUCUGUUAGUCUGUUUGUCUGUCAUGAAAUAGUUAUUUGAAUUUCCUUUUUUUCCAAAUGGUUCAUCUUAUUGAAUUGAAACUUUGUUCAUGGCCAGUACAGGUCAAAUUUGAGUUUCUUACCAUUCUGUCCAUGUUUGACCAAAUUUUGGCCGUUUUUGGUCCUGUUAGGGCUUUGACAGUUUUUCGGACGUUUUUUUUUUGUUUUUUUGUUUUGUGGUUUUGUUUUAAUCAGUUUAUAGGGAAUUGAAACUGGCUUACAUACAUGUAGUUUCACCAUGACAAGUUACAAAUCAGUUUCGUCUGUUUUUUCUACCAAGAAAAAUUGCCAUUUAUGUUCUGCUGUGGACUGGUACGGGACAUGUAUUACAGCCUCACUGAUGGCUGGUGGCCUGGACUGAGGCAGUCAGUAUAUUAAAUGGCAGCAUCCUGUUGUAUGGGCUUGAAAAUGUGCUUGUGCAUGUAUACAGUACAUGCAGUUA